AUGGCUGGGUGGCAGUCCUGGAACCCCUUCAGCAAGAGGGAGACGCACAGCAACGGCUCCAUCGUCGCAUACAAGAUCUUGACCUUGCUCUCGUGGCUGUUGUCCGUCGUCGUCACCGUCUACUAUGCCGUUCACGAGCCUCAUGAUGGCUACCAUAUCCGCCGGAACAUAUGGGACCAGAACUACCUGUAUCCCAGCGCCUUUACCAUGAACCACAUCCUCGCUGACAUCUACUGGGUCGUUCUCUUCAUCCUCCAGUUUGGAUACGUCACAUCGCUCUUCUCCAGCAGUGCCGACGUCGUUGCCGCGGCUGCUGGCGUCGGCAGCCACUUCAUCCUCAACAACUUGCUUCACUCUGUAUUCGUCUUCCUCUUUGUGAACUCGCACUUCCACAUCGCCGAGGUCAUACUGGUUCUCAACUUCUUCAACCUCAGCUCGCUGUAUUUCCGCCACAACACGGUCCCGCGCUUCAUCCACGUUCCUGUUGCUACAGGCCCGUUGGCAUGGACGUUUGUGGCCAUUUACUGGAACGGCGCCAUCAUGGUGCCGCACCCUCACAGCUUGGUGGCCAGAAUCUUUGGCAACGUCUUCAUCUGGUCCCUUCUGGUGUACGGAUUCUUCUUCAUUAUUGCCUUCAAUGACUACACCAUGGGCUUUGCUCUCAGCGUCCUCUCGGCAGCAAUUGGCGUCGCCCAGUUCAAGCGCCAGGUGGUUGCUUUCCAGUGGAUCUUUGCCUUUGUCAUCAUGGCUGUUCUCUUCAUCUCGACAGCCACCGUUGCUGUUCCAGCCAUGUCGGGCAGAGACGUCAGAUGGAGGCGAACCACGAGCAGAGACGAGGAACGCGCGCCGCUGCUCAACGAGUCAGCCGCCUAA